AUCGGACAUCCUCCGGUGCCCGUCACUCAUAAGAAUGUAUAAAAAUGAAACUGCAUUUCGUCAAGAUAUCUCGAAAUCACAGGGACUUAGGUAGAUAAUGGUAAGAAGAUUCAAAAUAUAAUAUUAUAUACCUACCAAGUAUUAUUGACUCAAACCCCCAAAUACCACCAUGAGCGACCCGAACAAUCCGAACAUCAGCCAACGCAGCACGCCGCAAUGGGGUCUCUAUCAAAGGGAACUCUUCUGGGCACCGAACGAGGGGAAGCAUCCGCCCUUUAAUACACACCCCGAUAAACUGAGGGAGACGGCUAGAGAACGUCUAAGCCAGUCCGGAUGGUACUACGCAUCCUGCAACGCAGGCCUCUCGUGGACGCACUACGCCAACCGCCAAGCCUUCUACCGGCACCAGAUCGUGCCGCGGAUGCUCGUCGACACCUCGCGGCGGGACACGGCGACCAGCAUCUUCGGGCACCGCGUCGCCGCGCCCAUCGGCUUCGCGCCCAUCGGCAUCAACCGCAUCUACCACCCCACCGGCGAGCUGUCCCCGGCCCGAGUCGCCCGCGACCUCAAUCUGCUGUACUGCCUGAGCUCCGCGGGGAGCUGCAGCAUCGAGGACGUGGCGCGCGCCAACGACGAAGGAGGAGGAGGAGGAGGCAAGGACGAAGGUGAAGGAGAAGGGGGAGGGGAGGGAGCAGGAGGGGAUGAACAAAAGGGCGUGCGUUUCUUCCAGCUGUACUGGAGCCCCGACGACGCCGUAACCCUGUCGAUGCUCCGCCGCGCCGCGCAGAGCGGGUACACGGCGUGCAUCCUCACGACGGACACGUGGCAGCUGGGGUGGCGGCACGACGACGCGGCGCACGGGAACUACGCGUUCUACCACGAGCACGGGGCGGGGGACCUGGGGCUAUCGGACCCGGCGUUCCUGGAGCGGCUGCGGGAGGCGAAGCUCGACCCGGAAACCGCGGGCGGCGGCGGCUCGAAAAAAGACAAGUACCGCGUCGGCGCGCAGUGGAUCGACAAACACAUCUGGCACGGGCACGCGUUCUCGUGGGACAGGCUGCCGUGGCUGAUGGACAGCUGGCGGAAGCUGAGCGGCGGGAAGCCGUUCUGCGUCAAGGGGAUACAGAGCGUGGCGGAUGCCCGGAAGGCGCUUGAGCUGGGGGUCGAUGGGAUCGUGGUUUCGAAUCAUGCUGGUCGGCAGGUGGAUGGUGCGAUUGCGAGUUUGGACGCGCUGGAGAAGAUUGUGGACGCGGUGGGGGAUAAGAUAUAUAUCAUGUACGAUUCGGGAAUCCGAGGCGGUUCCGACGUAUUCAAGGCUCUAGCCCUCGGGGCCAAAUUCGUCUUUGUAGGCCGGUUGUGGGUGUAUGCAUUAGGUUCUGCGGGCGAAGAGGGUGUAAGGCAUGUGAUGAAGGGAUUGUUGGCGGAUUUUGACAUUCUGAUGAACGUCGCGGGAUAUCCAAAUCUAAAGGAUAUUAAUCGCGAUGCUUUGGACUCUCUUCCCAAGGGGGUGUACUUUCCGUCCACGACCGAGAUCGCGUGAACGGUUAUAGACGUGUCAUUUUUCUGCGGGGGACAGUUGGAAGUUUUAUCUUGUUACCCUAGAUAGAAUUGAGGAACGGAGAUGAUGGUAAUGAAUUUGGUAAAUUGACAAAAGGGAGUAAUAUUGGUGUCUCUGUCAGAUGGUUUGUUUUCAUAUCGAGCAAACGGAAAACCGUCUCGAUUAAUCCAACACCCAGGUUUCUUUAUAUAUACAUU